AUGCAGGCUGGGUUAAACGUCCGCACUCCCACCGUGACCCCCGCCACCACGAGGCACGCCAGGUUAAAUGCCCGCGCUCCCACCGUGACCCCCCGCCACCACGAGGCACGCCGGGUUAAACGUCCGCGCUCCCACCGUGACCCCCGCCACCACGAGGCACGUCGGGUUAAACGCCCGCGCUCCCACCGUGACCCCCGCCACCACGAGGCACGCCGGGUUAAACGCCCGCGCUCCCACCGCGACCCCCGCCACCACGAGGCACGCCGGGUUAAACGCCCGCGCUCCCACCGCGACCCCCGCCACCACGAGGCACGUCGGGUUAAACGCCCGCGCUCCCACCGUGACCCCCGCCACCACGAGGCACGUCGGGUUAAACGCCCGCGCUCCCACCGUGACCCCCGCCACCACGAGGCACGCCGGGUUAAACGUCUGCGCUCCCACCGUGACCCCCGCCGCCACGAGGCACGCCGGGUUAAACGUCUGCGCUCCCACCGUUACCCCCGCCGCCACGAGGCACGCCGGGUUAAACGCCCGCGCUCCCACCGCGACCCCCGCCGCCACGAGGCACGCCGGGUUAAGCGCCCGCGCUCCCACCGUUACCCCCGCCGCCACGAGGCACGCCGGGUUAAACGCCCGCGCUCCCACCGUUACCCCCGCCGCCACGAGGCACGCCGGGUUAAGCGCCCGCGCUCCCACCGUUACCCCCGCCGCCACGAGGCACGCCGGGUUAAGCGCCCGCGCUCCCACCGCGACCCCCGCCGCCACGAGGCACGCCGGGUUAAGCGCCCGCGCUCCCACCGUUACCCCCGCCACCACGAGGCACGCCGGGUUAAACGCCCGCGCUCCCACCGUGACCCCCGCCACCACGAGGCACGCCGGGUUAAACGUCCGCGCUCCCACCGUGACCCCCGCCGCCACGAGGCACGCCGGGUUAAACGUCCGCGCUCCCACCGUGACCCCCCGCCGCCACGAGGCACGCCGGGUUAA